AUGGAUGUGCUUAACGGUUCGCCGUCGCUGCGACUGCGCGGCGGCAUCAAUAAUAACAGUGACAGCAAAAAACACGAGUUGAACCAGUGCACUAGUGCCAUGUCGCCGGAGACUCAGCGACUCCUGCCGCCCACUAGUGAGACUAUAAUGACGAAACCGUUCCCGAUCCGAGGAGAACGAUCAAAUUAUGUAAACAUACCGCAUGUUAUCGCAAUGGUGGGUCUCCCGGCACGCGGGAAGACAUACAUUUCCAAGAAACUGUCACGCUACCUGAACUGGAUAGGAAUCAAUACAAGAGUAUUUAAUCUAGGCGAAUACAGAAGACAUGCUACAUCCGCAUACACAAGCCAUGAGUUCUUCAGGGCCGACAACAAAGAAGCCAUGGCUAUAAGACAGCAGUGCGCUUUAGAUGCAUUACAAGAUGUGUGUGAAUGGCUGACCAAAGGCGGAGAAGUCGCCGUCUUCGACGCUACAAAUUCUACUUUGGACCGACGGCGGAUGAUAAGAGACCUUGUAGUCCACAAGAUGGGCUUCAAGCUUUUCUUUGUUGAAUCUAUAUGUGAUGACCCUAGGAUUAUUGAACAAAACAUUAUGGAAGUAAAAGUGAGCAGUCCGGACUACACAAACAUUCAGAACACGGAUAAUGUUCUAAAUGAUUUCAUGCUCCGGAUAGAACAUUACAAGGAGAAGUACGAGCCUCUGGACGAGAGCCUGGAGUCUGAAUACAGCUUCAUGAAGAUAUACGAUACCGGAGAGAAGGUGGUCGUUCACAAGCACGAAGGGCACAUACAGAGUCGGAUUGUGUACUACUUGAUGAACAUACAUAUUGUACCCAGAACUAUAUAUCUGACAAGGCACGGCGAGAGCCUGCACAACCUGGUCGGGCGCAUCGGCGGUGACAGUCCGCUGUCGCCGCGCGGCUGCCAGUACGCGCGCGCGCUCUCCGCCUACAUCGAGCAGCAGCGCAUCCCGGGCCUGCGCGUGUGGACCUCCUGGAUGCGCCGCGCCAUACAGACGGUCAAGGACGUCAAGGCGCCGCAGGAGAGGUGGAAGGCCCUCAACGAGAUCGACGCGGGCAUAUGUGAAGAGAUGACAUACGCUGAGAUACAAGAGAAGUACCCGUCGGACUUCAACUCCCGCGACGCCAACAAGUUCGCGUACCGCUACCCCCGGGGGGAGAGCUACGAGGACCUGGUGGCCAGGCUGGAGCCCGUCAUCAUGGAGCUGGAGCGGCAGGGCAACGUGCUCGUGGUCUCGCACCAGGCCGUCAUGCGCUGUCUGCUGGCCUACUUCCUCGACAAGAGUGCAGAGGAGCUGCCGUACCUGCAGGUGCCGCUGCACGCGGUGAUCAAGCUGACGCCGGUCGCGUACGGCUGCCGCGAGGAGCACAUCCGGCUCAGCGUGGACGCCGUCGACACGCACCGCCCCAAGCCGCAGGACAAGGAAGAAGCCACACCUGAGAGCCAAAUAAUACCAGCGCCGCCCAUAAAGCCGCCCGUGCCUCCAGUCUUGAAUGGCGAAACGAAUGGGGAUCAAAACGACGAUAUAUCUCAUUGAAAAUUAUUGUAUUUAAUUUUUAUAAAAUAUAUUAAGUAAUAGCCGCUUUGUAGAACGAGACUGACUCAAGAAAAAAUAUCAGAAAUAGAGAUACACAAAGAAUUCUGGGUGUAUUAGUAGAUAGUAACAUAUUUCAUAAAUAGAACGAAUAGGAAAGUGAUAGAUAUAUAUUAUCUGUCCUUUUCUCUUCAUUGCGUUAAUUCAAAGGAAAAUGUCGUGAAGUAAGUUUCUCGGUCGUCUCGUUUUAUAACUGCGGAUAAUAAAGUUAAGGUUUUUUUUAUUUAUAAAUACCUAUUGUAAUUACUGGCAACGAUGACGAUGAGCGUGUGGCUGUUUGCGAGUGUUCGGAGAGUGAUGUUACUUAACAAACGUAAGUGGUAACAGAGUAAUGUGGUCGCAGAUUCCGGUGCGGGCGCACACAAGGCUAAGGAGGCAAGGCUUUAUGUUUCGUUGCACCACACAAUUACGUAUGUGGAGUGCGUUUGCGAGUACGCCCGCCAGCGGAACAUCUGUGUGCUUAGUGCGAGUUAUUUAACGUUCUCGAUAGCGUAAAAGUUAACUCAUAUUUGUAUGGAGUUGGAAUGUUUGGCGUAGAGGCGCUGUUCCAACUGCAUACAAAUAUGAGUUAACUUUUACGCUAUCGAGAGCGUGGGUAGGAUGCGAAAAUCAUCGAAUAUAACAAAAUCUUUGCCACUAAUUACAAUAUAACGUUUAAAUAUGUAACGAUUGUAUCGUCCUUUAUAAAAAUAUAAAUUAAUUUAAAAAAGUAUAGGUAUAUUAUGUAUAUAACUUUUCUGGUUUCGUGAUAUGACAGUGCAGCGUGGGUUCGUUCACGGUUCGUGCAUGUCGCGUAUGUAUACAACAUAAUGUUUCUUUGAAUUAAUAAAUAAAAUCGCAUAGAAAUCUUCUGGUUUUAAACAUUAGUUUUUGUAUUUGUAAAAAUAAAAAAUCAUAUUUUAUUCUACGAAUCCUAAUCUUGCUCGUUUGAAAUUCCUUAAAUAACACAAAAAAAAACUAAUUAAUACAGUUUACGUAACACGCAAUGUAAAUUUAAAUGAUCUAAGUUUUGAAAACAUGCUCCGCACCUCUUCACACAAAGUCAAUGGUAAAGGAAACUGUGGAAGCCGUAUAAACUCUGAUUUAGAACAUUACAAUGACGUUAGCGGAAAGCAAUAUUCCUUGCGAAGUCACGCUAUAUUAACAGUAUUCACAUAUCGUGAACCCGCAAUGUAUAGUGAACAAAAUUUUCAUUCAAUCGACCUCUGCUUGAAGCGUUUUGUUUUUGUAAUCAUUCAGCCUUGCGUGAGCAUAUGCGCUUGAGAGAAAUAAGAGUCGUUUAAUUAUUAGUGUUUAUAAAAACAAAACUUCGAUAGUUCACUUUCUGUUAUGGCGAAUGUUACUAUAAUAUCAAUAAAAUUGUGCAGCUCGAACGAAGUGAAACUUGCAUUGCCCCGACUGCUACUCAGGAAGGGUACAUAUUAAAAUAACUGUACAGAGCGUUCAAAGAAAUGUAUGUAAUGAACGUGAGGUCGUUGAAUUUGAGACUGACAAACGAGCUAAAAUUGUUAAAUUUUAAGUCAUCAUUCUUUUUUACUAUUUUUAAUUUAGAAUCCAAAUAAAACU